UUUGUUUUAAUAUAGCAGUGAUUUGUUGUCCAAUGCGCGGUGAUAAUUUGAGUUUGGCGUUGUAGUUGUGGGAAUGUUGUCUUUUGCCAUUGCUACUGCAGCCACUGUAGCUGGUGUUUACUUUUACAAACGCAAAUCCUGUAAAGUGGACUUCCCUCUUGACCGUCAUUUGCACGAGCAAUCUGUUGCUGUAAAAGAUGAUGACCCAAACUGUCGGAUGUUUAUUGCGCAUAUCCCCAUUCCUAAAUCAUACGCCAGUUUGUCAACAGUUUGUGAAUUGUUUCUCUGUGGACUGAACACCUCAGCUAAACAACCUUGUCUGGGAAGACGUGAUAACUGUGAUCAGGAUUACAAGUGGAUUACAUAUGAUCAGGUGAAUGAUACAAUCCGCGUUAUACAGUCUUCUCUGCAUGGACUUAAUAUUGAAAGCCUCAAUGGAAACCACUUCGUAGGUAUUUCAUCGAAAAAUUCUCCUGAAUGGAUAAUGAUAGAGUUGGCCUGUGCAUUCUCCGGUUAUACCAUCGUACCGCUGUAUGACACUCUGGGCGAUGAAGCUGUGCUAAGCAUAGUCAAGCAAACAAGGCUUCAAGUUAUGUUCUGUGAUUCCACUGAAGUUGUUGACCGCCUGAUCUCAUCAGCACCAGAAAGUCUUCGACACAUUAUACUACUUCCCAACUCGUCAUCAUCGAAAAGCCAAAGCGACUCAUCUCCCUCUCCUGACAACAGUCUGAUAAAAACUUAUGCCUAUGAAGAUUUUCUAGCACUAGGUGCAAAUGCAUUCGUUCCGCCUAAGAUGCCAAAGCCAGAGGAUUUGUUCAUGAUCUGUUAUACAAGCGGAAGCACAGGUAUACCAAAAGGAGUGAAAAUCACGCAUCGAUGUAUCAUGAACACUAUACAGAGUUUAUUUCAACGAAUUGAAAGUAAUGUCUUCAACAGUAGUGCUGCACAUUUAUCCUACCUACCGUUGGCUCAUGUAAUGGAACAGUUGGUUUCGCUGUCUACCCUCAUGUGUGGUGCUAGAAUUGGCUUUUUAACUGACGGUAUUCAAGGAUUGUUGUCUGACCUCCAGGCUGUUAAACCAACCUACUUUUUCACUGUUCCACGAGUACUGACUCGAUUAUAUUCUGCUACACUGGAUCGGAUUUCAACUUAUCCUUUACUGCCCAAGAUAUUCCGUCAUGCUAUUAAGAAAAAAGUUUCUGAACAAGAAGAGAAUAUCUACAAUCAGAGAAGUAUUUGGGAUAUACUCUUCUUCAAUAAAAUCAAGAAUAUAUUAGGUGGUCGUGUCCAGUGUAUUGUUUGUGGUAGUGCCCCGGCUCCAACUGAAAUUAUACGUUUCACUAGAGCGGUGUUCGGUUGUCCCGUGUUAAUAGGCUAUGGAUUAACUGAGUCAUGUGGUGUUGUCAGUAUAACACUGUUUGGUGAUACUAAAUUCAACCAUGUUGGUGCACUUAUCCCAGGAAUCUCUGUCAAACUAGCAGACAUACCCUGUAUGGAUAUCUGUGUGGAUAAAAUGAAAAUGGGUGAGGUUUGCGUUAAAGGUGUUCAAUGUACAGAAGGUUAUUAUAACGAUGAAGAGAAUACGAAACAGCUUAUUGAUGAAGAUGGAUGGUUGCAUACAGGGGAUGUUGGCGCUUGGAAUGAAGAUGGAAGUUUAAAAAUUGUCGACAGGUGUAAAAAUGUCUUCAAAUUAUCACAAGGUGAAUAUAUUGCCCCCGAGAGACUAGAAAAUAUCUAUCUGUUAAGUCCAAUCGUUGAACAGAUAUUCAUCGAUGGCAACUCACUGAACAACUUCCCAGUGGCUAUAGUUGUACCGAAUAUAAAAGAAUUAUCGAAACGUCUGUUGGCUAAGUCGUCAGAUCAUACGAACAUACACAAUGGUGUAUUGAAUGUGACUGGUGGUGACAGCGAUAAGGAGGAGGACAGGAGUAGUAGACUGACUGAAAAACAAGACGUAUCCAAGCUGUGUUCACAACCUAUGGCUCGGAAAAUUGUCACCUCAGAAUUAGAAAGUAUUGGAAGAAAAGAGAGAUUGAAAGGCUUCGAAAUUGUUAAAGCUGUUUAUUUAUCCUCGAGUCCAUUCACUGUAGAAAAUGGUCUACUCACAGCGAAUAUGAAACUUGCUAGACCUCAACUGCGUAAAACCUUUUCAGAAGCAUUACUUCUUUUAUAUGAAGAAGUUCGCAUUUGACAACGUUGUCUGUUUGUAUGUGUGUAUGUAUGUAUGGGUGAUCUUUUUCACUGUGUUCAUAUCAUUCAAC